AUGCCGCCCAAACGCAAGGCCGCCGCUGCGUCUGCCUCUCGUCCCUCCAAGCGUGUGGCGUCGGGUGUGAACACUCCUGUCAGCAUGGGCAGCAGCGACGACGAAUACAUGUCCGACGACCCAGACGACUACGAGCCUCAGAACGAUGAUUACGAAGAGACCGUCAAGAAGUUCCAGCCAUCUUCCUACCGCUCCAAGAACAUCAAGCCCCAGGAGUCAGAUCAAGCUACUCGUCUUUUCAAAACCGACAACGACCUCUCCGCCCUAGAACUGAAACCCGACCACGCAGUCCGUCCGCUCUGGCUUGACCCCCAAAAGGGCAGAAUCGUCGUCGAAACCUUCUCUCCUUCGUUCAAGCAGGCCCAGAACUUCUUGAUUAACAUCGCUGAGCCUCAGUCGCGAACCACAAAUGUCCACGAGUACACAAUUACUGGUCACAGCCUGUUUGCCGCCGUCUCCGUUGGUCUCACCACAGAAGACAUCAUCCGACAACUCGAGGUCUUCUCCAAAACAAGGCUGCCCGAUAGUUUGAAGGAAUUCAUCUUCACCUCCACUCAGUCCUACGGAAAGAUUCGUUUGGUCUUGAAACACAACAGAUACUACAUUGAAAGUCAGGAUGCUUCUGUCUUGCAGAUGCUUUUGCGUGAUCCUGUCGUUGGUCCCGCCAGGAUCCACGAGACUGACGAGUUAAUUCAAGAAAAAGCUCCUCAAUUAGGAGGCUUGGUAAUUCCGGGAACAAAGGACGCCGCUGGCAUCAAGCAGGCCGAGGCUCAAGCACAGAGAGAGGCUGCAAAGAAGAACGAUGACGAUGAUGACGAGGAUGAUGAUGACAAAAAAGAAGAAGCAGAACAAGACAUGACGGCCUAUCUUAGAGACGAGGACGAUGAUGAUGAGGGAGACGAGGUCCACUCUUUUGAGAUCGACGGUGAGAAGAUUCAGGCAGUUCAACAACAAUGCAACGUCAACCUAGGGUUGCCUCUGACGAACGAGUACGAUUUCCGAAAUGACGACAUCAACGCGAACCUGGACAUCGAUCUACGGCCCAUGGCUCAGAUUAGAUACUAUCAAGAACACGCUCUCAGUAAGAUGUUCGGUAACGGUCGUGCCAGAAGUGGAAUCAUUGUCCUGCCUUGCGGCGCUGGUAAGACUCUGGUCGGCAUUACUGCUGCCUGUACUGUCAAAAAAUCGGCUAUCGUCCUAUGCACUUCUGCCAUGAGUGCUUACCAGUGGAAAAAUGAAUUCUUGAAGUGGUCGAACAUCAACCCAGAUGACAUCGCCAUCUUCACUUCAGGCGAAAAAGAGAAACUUAACCAACGAGCAGGCAUCAUCGUUUGCACCUACAGCAUGGUCACUCAGAACACCCGAAGAGCCCACGACAGUCAGCAAGUCAUGGAUUUCAUCCAGAACAGAGAGUGGGGUCUGAUGGUUCUCGACGAGGUUCACGUUGUGCCCGCCGAAAUGUUCCGUCGUGUCACAUCCAAGAUCAGGUCGCACUCAAAACUCGGAUUGACUGCUACCUUGCUACGAGAAGACGACAAGAUCAAGGAUUUGAACUUCCUUAUCGGCCCUAAGUUGUAUGAAGCCAACUGGCUGCAGCUGUCAGAAGAAGGUCAUAUUGCUCGUGUCCAAUGCGCCGAAGUCUGGUGCCCUAUGACAACAGAGUUCUAUGGUGAAUACCUCAAGGCUCGCACUACUAACAAACGCUCUCUGCUUUCCACCAUGAAUCCCAGGAAAUUCCAAGCCUGUCAGUUCUUGAUUGACUACCACGAAAAAAGAGGUGACAAGAUCAUCGUCUUCUCUGAUAAUGUAUACGCUCUCGAGAAAUACGCGAAACGACUAAAGAAGCCUUACAUCUACGGAGACACGCCUCAAAGAGAACGCGAGAUGGUUUUGCAGAACUUCCAACAGAACGAGUCAGUGCGAACGAUCUUCUUAUCUAAAAUAGGAGAUACCAGUCUGGAUUUGCCUGAGGCUACUUGUCUGAUCCAAGUAUCCAGCCACUAUGGUUCCCGUCGUCAAGAAGCUCAGCGAUUAGGUCGAAUUUUGCGUGCGAAACGCAGAAAUGAUGAGGGAUUUAACGCUUUCUUCUACUCUCUUGUCUCGAAAGACACGAACGAGAUGUACUACUCGUCAAAACGUCAAGCUUUCCUGGUCGAUCAAGGUUACUCCUUCAAGGUCAUUACACACUUGACAGGAAUCGAUAAGGUCGAGGGCCUCCAUUUCCGUGACACGUCCUCACGCAUGGAACUUCUCGAGGACGUCCUCAUGGCUGGUGAAGAAAGUGGCAGUGUUGAGAACAUCCAGGACGAUCUUUUCAGUGGAAGGCAAAUGCACAAAGGACCAAAGGGCAAACCUGGUGUCCGACGCACAGCUGGCGCUCUCUCGGAAUACGCUGGUGGUAAGGAUAUGGCGUACAUUGAGUACAACAAGAGCAGAAACAAGGAACUCAAGAAGAACAAACCAACAAGUAAGUUCUUCAAGGAUAUCCAGAGGACGAACGAGAAGAGAAAGGCAGCUGCCAAGAUGGACAACAUGUAG